AUGCAGAGGAUAACGGCCCACACAGCUCUUCGCAAUGUCGCAGCAAUGCGACAACUCAAUUGCAGAGUCUUACCGCGUAUAACAUCCCCUCGCGGUCAUAGCCACCUGGAUGGUUUGCAGAUGGUCGCCGCAAGGAGAUAUAUCUCAGCUCCCGCCCAACCGACCCUACUUUCGCCGAAGUUCACUGUCCCAUGGCUCAAGGCUCUGGCCAUGAGGGACCACCCAACAGAACCCUCUCCCGUAGCGCAGGAGACGAAGAAGGGGCAGUCGCCGUUGACCCCGAAACGAAUGACAGACAGCUAUUCGAGCUAUACUCUUGAGUUUGGAAAGGAUGAAUGGCUAGUAGAUGCAUACGUCAACUCUACAGGUCAGCUGAGGCUGGGAACGAUAUUCAUGGACCUUGAUGCUCUGGCUGGAGUCGUUGCAUAUAAACAUGCCGGAGAGGGACAGACAAUUGUCACCGCAGCCGUGGAUAGAAUAUCUCUCCUGUAUCAUCCAACGUCCUUUUGUGACAUGGAACUGCGAGGGAUGGUCACAUGGACUUCGGGCAGAAGCAGCAUGGAAAUAUCGCUGGAAGUAGUGGCGCUGGAGGAAAAUAAAACGAUUUUGACCUGCCAAUUUACAAUGGUGGCGCUUGACCCAGUCACGAAAAAGGCCACAGCCGUCAAUCCCUUGAUAGUCGAGACCGCAGAGGAGAACCGAAUAUUUGCCAGAGGCGAAGGUAAUUUCCACCAUUUCUGGAUUACCGACCACGAGGCAUCAGGGAUGAGCAUUGAGCGUAAUCGAUUCAAGAGGGCCCUUGCAUCGACAUCUCUCGAAAAGCAAGCACCCAACGAAGAGGAGAGCAACCUGAUUCACACAAUGUGGCGAGAAUCCCAACGGUACAAAGGAAAGUACCACGCAUAUCCUGGGUCUGGCGUUGAGAUGCCUGAAAACAUCGUCUACGGUUAG